UUGUCAUUGCCAAUAGCAACAACAUCUCUCUGGAAAAUCAGUGUUGAAAAUAUUACAGGGAAACGUGUCAAAAAUAUUCUAAAGGCCUAGUUGGAAGUGCACAAAAACACAAUGAGUCAAAGACAAGUACUACAAGUAUUUGAACAAUACCAGAAAAGUAGGACACAGUUUGUGCAGACUGUGGCUGAAUUGGCAUCACGUCCACAAAACAUUGAAACUCUUCAAAAUGCUGGUGUCAUGUCAUUACUUCGGCCAUUAUUGUUGGACAUCGUUCCCACAAUCCAGCAGACAGCUGCACUAGCACUAGGUCGACUCGCCAACUACAAUGAUGACCUGGCUGAAGCGGUCGUCAAGGGAGACAUAUUGCCACAACUGGUGUAUUCGCUUGCUGAACAGAACCGGUUUUACAAGAAAGCAGCUGCCUUUGUACUUCGAGCAGUGGCCAAACAUUCUCCCCAGCUGGCUCAGUCUGUGGUGGAUUGUGGUGCACUUGAUGCCCUUGUUAUUUGCUUGGAAGAAUUUGAUCCUGGUGUAAAAGAAUCGGCAGCAUGGGCAUUAGGUUAUAUCGCCAGACACAAUGCAGAGUUGGCCCAGGCUGUGGUGGAUGCAGGGGCAGUUCCACUUCUUGUGCUCUGCAUCCAGGAGCCGGAACUGUCCUUGAAGAGAAUCUCGGCCUCAGCACUGAGCGAUAUCUGUAAGCACUCGCCGGAACUCGCCCAGACCGUGGUUGAUGCUGGGGCCAUAGCUCACCUAGCACAGAUGAUACUUAACCCAGAUGCCAAGCUGAAGCGACAAGUGUUUUCAGCUCUGAGCCAGAUUGCCAAACACUCGGUGGAUCUAGCGGAGAUGGUUGUGGAGGCAGAAAUCUUCCCGGCUGUACUUACGUGUCUGAAAGACCCUGACGAAUACGUUAAGAAGAACGUGGCCACACUGAUCAGAGAAAUAGCAAAACACACACCAGAGCUUGCUCAGCUGAUCGUGAAUGCUGGUGGGGUGGCUGCGGUUGUCGACUACGUUGGAGAAUCAAAGGGAACCGUUCGACUACCGGGCAUCAUGAUGCUAGGAUAUGUGGCAGCUCAUUCGGAAAAUCUGGCCAUGGCUGUUAUCGUGUCAAAGGGAGUAGUUCAGCUGGCGAUCGCGCUGUCGGAGGAGCAGGAGGACCACAUCCAGGCAGCGGCGGCCUGGGCGCUCGGUCAGAUUGGUCGACACACGCCCGAACACUCGAAGGCCGUUGCUGUCGCCAACGUCCUGCCCAAACUACUGCAGUGCUACUUGAGAGCCGAUGUGUCCGAGGACUUACAGACAAAGAGCAAGAAAGCUUUGAAGAACAUCCUACAGAAGUGUGUGCACCUGCCGGCCCUGGAGCCGCUGUUACACGACGCCCCGCCCAACAUCCUGAAGCACGUGGUCGGUCAGUUUAGCAAGGUGUUGCCGCAUGACUCGAAGGCCAGGCGAUUGUUUGUCACCAGUGGGGGGCUCAAGAAGAUACAGGAGAUCAAGGCAGAGGCCGGAUCAGCCCUUGCAGAAUAUAUCAACACAAUCAACAACUGCUACCCAGAGGAAAUCGUAAAAUACUAUUCACCUGGAUAUUCUGAUGCCCUGCUGGAAAGAGUGGAACAAUAUUCCCCACAACAGUUAACCAAUUGACAUAUUAUGUGAUGAAAACAAAAUAAACACUGACAGAUGUCUGAUUCUAUACAUUUUACCACAUCCAUAAAAAAACACACAAAAAAACAUACAGUGAAGAACUUAAAAUGAUCGUGCGGCUAUGUCUAAAGAGUGGGCCAGAUAAUAAAGAUGUUUUAUGUUAUGUGUAAUGAACUCAGGACCCAACCAUUAUUUUUUUAGCGUUAGUAUGAGUUACUGAUGAGUUAUUAACAUUAUGAGUUUUUAUAUUGCUGGGAUGAAAAGUUUCAUUUUUAUUUCGUUUUUCUUCUAUAACUGCAGUACAUAAUUUAAAAUUUUAUAUUUAUUAUAUGCACUGAAUUUAUAUUCUUUGUGAGUCUUGGUGCCUGUAAUGAAGAUGUUUUAAUGUUCUGAAGCUAGUGUAACAGGAUUGUUUGCCAUUUUGUUUUAAUACUACAUACAGGCUCCAAGACUUUAUCAUGUAUCAUAAAAAUGUCUGAAAUUGGCUUAUAUUGUACUCCAAAUGAAAGGAUUAUAUUUUUUAUCCUAAGCAUAAUGUAAUCAUUUUGCUUUUUAAAUAUUAAUUAAUUUUCAUUUGGUUACUUGUUGUGACAUAAAUUUUAUUAAAACUGAUAUUGUAUUUUAAAGAGAAAAUAAAUAAUAGUUUUUGUAUAUAUUAAUUUGAUGGUUGACAGAUUUUCUUAUGUCCCAGUUCCUAAUCUUUAAAAAACAGUUGACGCUUUGGAUAAAUACUAGUAAAUGUUUCCAUUUGAGGGUAUUUGGCCUAGCAGAGAGGUAUUUGCUUAGCCUUAUGUACAAUAUAUAUAAUAUCAAUAGAUAAAGUUUAAAUAGAAAAUAUUUCACUUUUGUAUAUAAUUUCAAUACAUCAAUUUCCCUGGCCACAUGAUCAAUCUGAUUAAAAUUAACUCUACUGGUC